AUGUGUGAUCCCGAGAUUGAAAGGACCUUGCGUCAUAUUAGGAAGAAGGCACGAGAAACAAAGGAUAAUUUAAAAAGCAAAAACACCAUGGGAGACCAAGAAAACCAAGGUAAUCAAGACCGAUCCUUGAAGGAGUUUGCAUCACCAACCACCCAUAGCUCCCAAUCAAGCAUCUUGAAGCCUAAUGUUGCUACCAACAAUUUCGAACUCAAGCCCUCACUCCUCUCCAUGGUUCAGCAAAACCAAUUUGGAGGCACUCCAACCGAAGACCCAAACCUCCACAUCUCCAUCUUUCUAGAGUAUUGUGACACCUUGAAGAUGAAUGGAGUGUCGGAUGAUGUAAUCAAGCUAAGGUUGUUUCCCUUCUCACUAAGAGAUAAGGCAAGGGCUUGGCUGCAAUCACUUCCACCGGGCUCUAUCACUUCAUGGGACCAACUCUCAGAAGCGUUCCUUGCUAAGUACUUCCCUCCGAGAAAAACAGCCCAAUUGAGAAAUCAGAUAACCACCUUCACUCAAAAAGAAGGGGAGUCAUUGUAUGAUGCAUGGGAGAGGUACAAGGAUCUUCUAAGGAUGUGCCCACAUCACGGGUUAGAGGAUUGGCACAUAAUUCACACUUUCUACAACGGUCUUCUCUACAACACAAGGAUGACCGUGGAUGCUACAGCGGGUGGUUCAUUGAUGAACAAAAGUGUACGAGAUGCAAAACAAGUCAUAGAGGAUAUGGCACAGAAUCAUUUCCAGUGGUCAGGUGAGCGCUCUUUACCCAAAAAGAGUGGGAGGUAUGAUGUAGAUGCAUUAGACCACAUUGCUUCUAGAGUAGAUGCUUUAUUUCAAAAUUUUGACAAGAUGAGCAUGAAUUCAGUAGCAUCUAACUCUACUAACUGUGAAAUAUGUGGUAUCAUUGGACAUUCUGCUGUGGAAUGUCAGAAUGGAAACUCCCCUUCCCCUGAUGCACCAUUAUCUGAACAUAAUAAACAAAAUGAAGAAUUUAGAAAUCAGAAUAGAAUCAUGAGCGAUGUCAUCAAGAAUCUAACUUCUAAGGUUGACUCUUUAGCCACCCAUAAUAAAAUGUUAGAGAAUCAGAUCACUCAACUAGCCCAGCAAUUUAACUCUUCUUCUAGGUCUUUGGGUAUGUUUCCUGGGCAACCUGAAACUAACCCAAAGGGAUCUAUCAAUGCCAUCACACUUAGGAGUGGAAAAGAGUUAGAGGGACCAAUGAUGAGGAAUGACCAUACAGAUGUGGUUGAUGAGAGUGAGAAGUUAGUGUCAAGUGAGAAAGAGCACAGUAGUGAGAAAGUUGAGAGAUAUGUUGCACCUGCACCUUAUAAGCCUCCACUACCCUUCCCUCAAAGAAAUCUUAAAAAAUUGCAUAUUAAUAUCCUAUUUGUUGAAGCCAUCUCCCAAAUGCCCUCCUAUGCCAAAUUCUUAAAGGAGAUUCUAUCAAAUAAGAGGCGAUUAGAGGAAUAUGAGACUGUAGCCUUGACCAAGGAGUGUAGUGACAUCAUACAAAAUAAGCUACCACCUAAGCUUAAAGAUCCUGGCUCAUUUUCAAUCCCUUGCACAAUUGGUGAUAUGUCAAUUAAUCAUGCUCUAUGUGAUCUCUGUGCUACUGUCCGUCUUAUGCCAUUGUCUAUAUGUAUAUUAGAGGAUGUACCUAUCCAGGUUGGUAAAUUCUACAUCCGGGUUGAUUUUGUUAUUCUUGAAAUUGAGGAGGAUUCUCAAAUCCCUAUUAUAUUGGGAAGAUCUUUCCUUGCUACCGCUGGUGUGAUAAUUGAUGUGAAGAAUGGAAAGCUCUCUCUCAAUAUAGGGGAUGAAAAGGUGAAUUUUGAUUUGUUUUCUACUAUGAAGUUUCCACUAAUUGAUGAUACUUGUUGCAGGAUUGACACGAUUGACAUGGUGGUUAGAGAAGAUUUUAUCAGAAAUAUCUCAAGUGAUCCACUUGAGAAAUGUUUAGUAAAGAAUGGGGUACCAGAUGAUGAUGAUCAGGAAAUAACUUCCUAUAUUACAAUACUUGAUGAAAGCCCCAACUACACCAAAACCACCUACAGCAAGGAACCUGAUAUAGUGGUCAAAAUUACAAGGGGGCUGAAUGACCAGGUUGUGUAUAUAAACAAAGCUAUGUCAAAAAGUAGCAGAAACAGCCCAGAUUAG